AUUAUAUACAAAUCCACAUCCAACUUCAGACAGCACUUACUGCUGCGCAAUAUCAGUCAUGGAUGGCCCUACACAAAAUGGCUCCACACAAUUUCUAACAUCAAAAUACAAACGGUGACCUCGCGGGAUACCACUCCAUUGCUUUUAUUUUUUAAACCGUUUUGGGUGGGAUUGUUAAUUUGUAUGCUAGAUUAUAUCUGUUUUCAACCACGAAAUGAUGGAGAAACAGAAACCGGAGCUUUGCCAAAACAGCCUGGGGGAAGUGAAGUCUCCCCAUCACGAUUCUCUUAAAGGGACCGAGGCGUGUGAAAAACAGGAAAGCACGACAGCUCCGGACAAGGACCUGCAUGACGAGGGGACCCCGGGAGACCACCAAAACGGGACGCCUAUCGUUAUUAAUGGGGUUACCAAGGAAACGGCGUACAGUGCCAGCGAACAGAAAAAGGAAAUGGCAGUGAUAGACUUGGCCAGGAGAGGAGGGAUUCUGGAUAUAAAAGGCAGGGAACAGAGAGGAGAUAUCAUCCACAAGGUACAGACCACGGAGCUGUGCAGACCACCGAUACCCCUACCGCUGCCUCCCCGAGACCCUGUGAGUGAAACUCGAAUGGUGCAGCUAAGCCCACCCGCUUUUCCUCUCACAGCCAGAGCGAUGCUUUACAGUAACGUUGCGCAGCCUCUCUCCACGACUAACAGUGGUUUUGGUCCAGACCCAGACCAGUACACCGUGUUUCCCAACAACAGGAUGAAACGAAGAACAGUCCCGUAUGAAAUGGAAAUGGCUGAUGUUGCAGCUUCCCCACCUAAGAUAGUUCGGCGAAUCUUUACCAACAGCCGGGAGCGGUGGCGGCAGCAGAAUGUGAAUGGUGCUUUCGCCGAGCUCCGCAAACUGAUCCCCACCCACCCUCCCGACAAGAAGCUGAGCAAGAACGAGAUCCUGCGGCUCACCAUGAAGUACAUCAACUUCCUUGCCAAGCUCCUGAGUGACCAGGAGGAAGGGGAGGAGGGCAGCCAGCGAGGGAGACAGGGGCACGAGACUGGUCUGGUGAGAGAGGACAUCCUUCAGAUGCUGUCUCCCCACUCCAGCUGCGGUAGCUUGUUGGACGGAGAUGCAAGCCCAGACAGCUUCACAGAGGAACAGGAUUCUAUAGAGUCCAGAACAGCAACCAGGAGUAUGCACCACCCCACCCUGCCACUGGAAGGCGGUGGUCAGCGGUGAUGAGUAAGCAAGACUAGGGGGAAAAAAUGGAACAAAGACUAAUAAAUAAAUACAACAUCUCUACAUACUCUAUUGGGUGUGAAAGAAACUGUGUUGGGGAACAUCAGAGGAGCUGUAAGUGACUCAAUGCUUUCUUAUCUCGUUCUAUGUUGGAUUGGUCCAGGAAAGCAUUUUGGUCUCUUCAAUCUGUAAAAUCCUUUUAUAAUAGGUACUCCCUUCAAGUUUUGAAUUCACAGUGGCUCUUGAACAAUGGACUCACCCAGGGAAGACACUUCAGGCUGGUGUUAUAAGCAGUCUACAAAUAUUUGGGCACUCCAGGCUCACAAUUAUGGGAAACUGAGUACAGAGAAAUUAGUUUUUUAAUGGUACCUUUAGUUCUUUUGUUUUUCUAUUUCAGAGAAAGGGUACAGUGUAUCUUCAUUUGAGGCUAGUUUCACUCCAUAAAGUGGGAUCAGUCUUUCUGUAUAUGAAUAAUUGUAGUUUACCCAGAGCGGAAGUCAAAAGAUAAAAUCUACACUGUUCUCAGUUUAUUCAUAUGUUUCAAAAUAUUUUUUAACCCCAGAUAAUACUUACAAAUUGAAUUUCCUUAAAUAAAGUGUGAUUGAAAAGUGGUCUAUUAAAACUUAUUAUUAUGACAGCCGUUUGCUUACAUUCAGUUGAACCUAAGUAACUUAAUUUCAAAGUCGAUAACAGAUGUGUCUAUAGCAGGAGGCUAGAACAGACGAGCAGCUCCUGAAAAAAAAAAAUUGCAAUAAGAACCAGUAAGUAUAAGGUUUUAAAUUACUUAUUUUUUUCAGUACCAUUACUGUUCUAAUAAUAUAAUGAGCAUGCCACCCCAAAGAAACCUUUGCAGUAACCUUUAGCAACCGUGGCAUUACCAGCAAUAGAAACACAAUGGAUUUUAACACAAAUAUGGUUCUGAUAAUGUACAGUAAACUGGUACUUACAUGAUACCAUUGUACUGCAGUGGAUUACUGGCAUUGGGAAUCAUACCAUUGUGCCAAUACAGUGUGCUACUAUAUAUAUAUAUAUAUAUAUAUAUAUAUAUAUAUAUAUAUAUAUAUAUAUAUAUAUAUAUAUAUAAACAAUCACAUGUUGCAUAUAUACAGCGCUACCCGACAAGUAGCAUCAAUCAAUAGAUGGGAGAAUUUAAAGGCGAUCAAAUCCUGGAAGCAGCAAAGAUUCAGCAGGUAUAUCGUAAUCUAGGGUUUUCAUAAGGAAACCGCCUUUACCUUUAUGCAUUAAAGGCAGGAUAUAUGAAAAGGAUGUAAAUAUGUGUGUUCCACAGUAUAUGCAACAUAUGGGGGUGUGAGACUGUGGGGUCCCUUUUAGUCUUUUCCUUUUUUAUUUUAUUUUAAAUGUUUCCGAAUAUGGAUGUAUGGAUAUAAUAUUCUGAUAUUAAUAAUAACGUCUUUUUCUAAUGUUAGUGUUAAGAGGUACAAGCUGUCUUUUAUUUAGUGUGCUUAUAAAUUGAGCUAUACAUAUUUAAUGAUUUGUAUUUCUUUGGUGGAUUAGUAUGGUACAUUGAACCCACCCUCCCCUUUCUCUCCAGUGUUUGUCUAGGUGUUGCAGUUGUGCUUCCAAGCUCCACUUCCAUUCAGUAAAUAUUGUGCUGCAUGUCAUAUGUUUUUAUUUGUAUUUUAAAUGUUUCUGCUUUUUUUGCAGAAUUUUUAGUAACCAAACCCGGUACCAUUAAUCUUAUGAAGCCUCUGAAAAUAAAAGGCCACAUCUUAAAUUUA